CCCACGGUAAAACGAAAGCGAAAAAAAGGGAGCGAAAUUGAAAAAAUGACAAAAGAUUAAUACGUAAUUGGUCCGCGCAAGGUGUUUUAAAUAGAGAGGGGGCGUCGCAGACGCUUUGACAGGUUACCAUUUUAAUUUUUUUUUGCAGUAGCGCCGAUACACUUUUGUGGCACGUUAAAUUUAACUUUCAUUUUUUUGUAACAGUGCUACUUUUCGUGAAUAUUAACUUUCGUAAUAUCACGGAAACGCGAAAACAGCUUCGAAAACCGCGUCCCCGAAGUAAACAUAAACAGUGAAUCUGACUGUCAAAUUCUCAACUUUUUUCUAAAAUCCGUUCGGGGAGUUCUAUAUGAAGCCACCGCUCUAUAUAAAAUACCUUGGACAGCGCAUCCUCGUUCUCGGCGAUUUCUCUCCAUCAACACAAACUAUCGAUACUAUCAACAAAACCAACACUUAGCCGACACAAAUUUCGUAAGCCGCUUUUACGCUUCGUGUAUCGUGUGUAGACCUUGUAAGUUGUGAAAUACCCCCUCUAGUAAACUGGCUUGGCAAGUUCGGAAUUUCCUGAUAAAAUUGAAACUGUUUAUAGUAUUCUACGUGAUACGAUGCGGCACAUAGCAUGCUGCAAGCAGAUAAUUCAUCGCGCUGUGCGCAGUGUGAUCUUUUUGCGGCUGCAACCUCCAAAGACAAACACUAUCAUAGGUAGAAUAUGUUCUACGCAACUACACGCCGGGUCGGGCAACUUGGCUAGCCCUUCGUUUGGCGCAAACCUCGUAGCAUCGUCGAACUACAAACUUCUGAAGCAAGCAUGCGCCAAGCAUCGAAUAUUCUUAAAUUUGUUCACCAGUACCCAUAGAAUACCCGUGGUUGCAUUAACGCGUUCGUUUCACACGUCUUCCACCGUUCGUAACAAACAUCCAUCCGAUCCGCGCGACGGUGAUCCUAAUCAGAACAAAAAGAAGAGAGACGAAGAUGAAAAGGAAAAGAUGAUGUCGGUUGUAACAAAGACGCUUGUUUGGAUGAUAACUAUCUACUUACUGGUCGGGUUUCUGACGAUGAUAAUACCUACUAAGAACCGGCCUGAGUCAGCAACCCGAUAUGUAAGCUGGCAUGAGUUCGUGCACCACAUGCUGGCUGUGGGAGAAGUGAAAGAGGUGAUAGUCCACCCGGACAUGGAAAUGGUGACUAUCAUUUUGCAUGACGGUGCCAUCGUAAAGGGUCAGCGCGUACAAUCUACUAUAUUCCAUAUGGCAGUAGCGGACGUGAACAAGUUCGAGGAGAAACUCCGCAAGGUUGAGAAACGGUUGGGUGUUACGGAUGAUGUCGGGGUACAGUUCGAACGUAGCGGAGAUGUAAGCGGUCGGAUCCUAUUCACUCUUUUUGCAACGGGUGUUAUUAUUGCACUGCUGAGCCGCAUCCGGGGUGUACGAGGACCGAUCUCUAUGGACAGCUUCACCCAGAUGGGACGUGCCAAAUUUACACUUGUCGAUCCUAUCGAAGGUGGAAAAGGUGUUUGGUUUAAAGAUGUGGCCGGUCUGCAGGAAGCGAAGCAGGAGGUGAUGGAAUUUGUCGACUACUUAAAGUCACCAGGGCGAUAUCAGCGACUGGGAGCAAAGGUACCGAAAGGGGCACUUUUGCUUGGGCCUCCCGGGUGCGGUAAGACAUUGUUGGCAAAAGCCGUGGCCACUGAGGCACAGGUCCCUUUUCUCAGUAUGAACGGAUCGGAGUUUAUUGAGAUGAUAGGAGGUCUCGGAGCAGCGCGAGUGCGUGAUUUAUUUAAGGAAGCAAAAAAACGAUCCCCAUGCAUUAUCUAUGUGGAUGAAAUUGAUGCGAUCGGGCGACAACGAGAAGGAUCCGGAGCUGGGCUCGGUGGUAUGAGCUCUGGAGAAUCGGAGCAGACGCUCAAUCAGCUGCUGGUAGAAAUGGACGGUAUGGCAAGUAAGGAAGGCGUACUGAUGCUCGCCAGCACCAAUCGGGCCAGCAUUCUCGACAAGGCGUUGCUGCGCCCAGGACGCUUCGAUCGCCACAUACUGAUAGAUUUGCCAAACCUCACAGAAAGAAAAGAAAUAUUCGAGAAACAUCUUUCGGGUAUUGCACUCGAACAGGCACCUACCAUUUACUCAAGUCGUCUAGCAACCCUAACACCAGGUUUUUCUGGGGCGGACAUAGCGAAUGUAUGCAACGAGGCGGCCUUACACGCUGCCCGCACCAACCAGCGAUUGGUAGGGACUAAGAAUCUAGAGUAUGCCGUUGAACGACUGGUAGGAGGCACCGAGAAACGAUCCCAUGCGCUUUCACAAACUGAGCGGCGCGUUAUAGCUUUCCACGAAUCGGGUCAUGCGCUUGUUGGAUGGAUGUUACCGAACUCGGACGUGUUGUUGAAAGUGACUAUCGUACCUCGCACGAGCCUUGCACUAGGGUUUGCCCAGUAUACUCCGAAGGAACAGAAGUUGUACAGCCGGGAACACUUGUUUGAUAAAAUGUGCAUGGCGCUUGGUGGACGAGCAGCAGAGAACCUGACCUUCAACCGCAUCUCCACGGGUGCACAGAAUGACUUAGAGAAAGUUACAAAAAUAGCAUACGCCCAAAUUAAAAAUUUUGGCAUGAACGAAGCAGUGGGACCGAUCGCCUUUGCCGAGGACAACGAAUCGAAUCCUUAUGCUAGCAAACCUUAUUCAAAGAGCUUGGGUAAUCUAAUCGAUUUCGAGGCUCGUCAAUUGAUUGCCGAAGCUUACGAGCGGGCCGAGCAAAUUUUACGCGAUAAUGCCGACAAGCUGAGCACACUGGCCGAAGCACUACUUGAACAUGAGACGUUAAACUAUGAUCAGGUGGUCAAACUCAUAGGGCCGCCAAAAUACGACGAUGCCAAGCGCAAAAUCGAACCAGUCGAGUUUGAUGAUAGUAUACAAAAAUUAGUAUUGAAUGGCGGCGAAGAGAAGUAGGGAUUCGCAGGACAUUUAAGUUAUUUCGAUAAUGUGCGGUUUUCGAAAUAAACUACACGUUUGUUUUUCGUUAGAUAUUGGAAUUACCAAGUUAACGGUUCAAAUAAAUAUAAAUACUAAAGUCCCGCAA